AUGCAGUCAUCCGCGCAACCCAUCACCACCACAGAACGAUCCAAGAGGAAUCCGGCAAGUCCAUACCAUUCGAAACCCCAACUUACAUGGACCAGCCCCAACGCGCCCCUUCACCCGCGGGCAUGGCCCUUCCUCAAAAAAUGGGCCGCCACGUCGAUCGUGUCGGCGUUUAGUUUCCUCUCCUCGGUGUCCUCGUCGAUGGUGGCCCCGAUGCUUGGACAGGUCGGCCGCGAGCUCGGCAUGACGACAGUGGUCGAGAGGCAACUGAUUUUUCGGUUCCUAAGUGGCAUUGGUGGGAGUGCGGCGAUGGCGAUUGGGUUUGGGGCGUUGAGUGAUUGCUGGGAGCCCGAGCAGCGCGGAACGGCGAUUGCGAUUUACAGCCUGGCGCCACUCCUGGGCCCCGUCGUGGGGCCUAUUUCGGGGGCUUGGAUCGCCGAGAAGUCCACCUGGCGGUGGGUGUUCUGGUCGACCAGCGCGGUUGCCGCGUGCGUGCAAGUGCUGGGAUUCUGUUUUCUGUGGGAGUCGUUCGCGCCGGUGAUUUUGAAGAGAUAUGCUAAGGGACUCGGGUUGCCGUAUGAGGGCCAGCAGGUCCAGUCGGUCCCUAGAAUCCUGGGGGCCUCGCUCGUUCGACCGACACGACUGCUCACGACGCAGCCGGUCGUGCAGAUGAUCGCGCUAUACAUGGCGUACGUCUAUGGGCUGUUCUAUCUCUUUCUAUCAACCUUCCCGGGCGUCUGGCAGGGCGUGUAUGACGAGAGCAUCGGCAUCGCGGGCCUGAGCUACAUCUCGCUGGGCGUGGGGUUUAUCCUAGGCGCUCAGGUCGGCGGCCGCCUGACGGACGCCAUAUACGUGCGGCUACAAACGAGGAACGCCAGUGUCGGACGGCCGGAGUUCCGCAUCCCCCUGAUGCUCGGGGGCUCGGUGCUUGUCUCGACGGGGAUCUUCUGGUACGGUUGGAGCGUAGAGACGCGGCGCCACUGGAUCGUGCCGAAUCUGGGGGUCGCCGUCUUCGGCGCCGGAUGCAUCGUAUGUUUGCAGUGCAUGCAGGCGUACAUCGUAGACAGCUACACGCGGUUCGCGGCCAGUGCAAUGGCAGCGGCGGUGGUGCUGCGUAGUCUGGCGGGGUUUGGUUUCCCGCUGUUUGCGCCGUACUUGUACGAGCGACUGGGGUAUGGAUGGGGGAAUAGCGUUCUGGGGUUUGCGAGUGUUGGGUUAGGGAUUCCGGCGCCGCUGGUGUUUUGGUUCUAUGGCGAGAAGGUGAGAGGGUGGUCGAGGCAAGACCCGACAUGUAUCCGUAUUCUGCGGAAGUGCUCUGAAAAUGCACUAAAUGAUCAAUUGCCUCCCUGCGAGACGAUGAAGUGCUAUCUUCUACCUUCCAGGACUGGCACUCGUCCAGAAGAGUACCGUCUCAUCAACAGGGAGUGA